AUGCAUUCUCAAAAACAGAGACAAACAAUAAGCAAAAUGGAUGUUUUACUAUCCCUAAACUCAAGCUCAAGCUCAAGCCUAAUCAACAUUUCAAAACCAUACAAACAUCAUCAUAAUUUUCCACUUUCAAAUAAUCAUCAAAGACAACCUCGUACAAAACAGUUUUCAGUUACAUGCAGAGCCACAAAAAGUGAUGGAAACUUGUACAAGAUACUAUGUUUGAGUUCCAAUACAGCAACAACAACAGAUGAUAUAAAAAGAGCAUAUAGAACAAUGGCUCUUCAGUAUCAUCCUGAUGUUUUUCGUGAUGGUUUGAAGAAAGAAGAAUCAACCAAGAUGUUUGUACAAGUUAAUGAAGCUUAUAAGACGAUGUCAAAUCCAAAGCUUAAAGAAGAAUAUGAUUCAGAGUUGUUUGGUUUGGGUAAUUUGAGAAGAAGUAAAUGGAUGGAACAAAUGGUUGAAUUGAAUAGAAAAUCUGAUACACGUAAGGGUGGUAGUGCAUCAUCAUCAUCAUGGGGUUCUAGAAUGAGGGCCAGGAAUAAUAGUAACUAG